UAUCAACAAAGGGAUCGAACAUAAUAUGUGACUUGUGAUCAAUAAAUCCUGGCUGAUUAAUAGACGGAGUAUUUGUCAGGAGAGGUUUUACUGAAAGAAAUAUACGAAGCAAUGCUAUGAAGAAAUCUUUUAAUAACAGAACCAAGGACUUUAACUCUGAAAAAUCAAGCAUUUUCUCAGAUUCCUAUAUGUUCUCAAAGGCGAUAGUAAACAUAAACCCCAAACCAUUCUCAUGUUCUGAAUGUGGAAAAUGUUUUGGGCAACAUUCAACUCUUUUAAGUCAUCAGAGAACUCACACCGGAGAGAAACCAUUCUCAUGUUCUGAAUGUGGAAAAUGUUUUGGGCAACAUUCAACUCUUUUAAGUCAUCAGAGAACUCACACAGGAGAGAAACCAUUCUCAUGUUCUGAAUGUGGAAAAUGUUUUGUAACUAAAGCAGUUCUUGUCAGUCAUCAGAGAACACACACAGGAGAGAAACCAUUCUCAUGUUCUGAAUGUGGAAAAUUUUUUCGGCAACUUACAUCUCUUGUCUUUCAUCAGAGAACUCACACAGGAGUGAAACCAUUCUCAUGUUCUAAAUGUGGAAAAUGUUUUCGGCAUGAUUCAAAUCUUGCCAGACAUCGGAGAGCUCACACAGGAGAGAAACCAUUCUCAUGUUCUGAAUGUGGAAAAUGUUUUCGGCAACAUUCAAAUCUUGUCAGUCAUCAGAGAACUCACACAGGAGAGAAACCGUUCUCAUGUUCUGAAUGUGGAAAAUGUUUUCGACAACAUUCAACUCUGGUCCGUCAUCAGAGAACUCACACAGGAGAGAAACCAUUCUCAUGUUCUGAAUGUGGAAAAUGUUUUCAUAGAAAAUCAAUGUUUGUAGAUCAUCAAAGAACUCACACAGGAGAGAAACCAUUCUCAUGUUCUGAAUGUGGAAAAUGUUUUGUAACUAAAGCAGUUCUUGUCAGUCAUCAAAGAACUCACACAGGAGAGAAACCGUUCUCAUGUUCUGAAUGUGGAAAAUGUUUUCGACAACAUUCAAAUCUUGUCAGUCAUCAGAGAACUCACACAGGAGAGAAACCGUUCUCAUGUUCUGAAUGUGGAAAAUGUUUUCAACGACAUUCACAUCUUGUCCGUCAUCAGAGAACUCACACAGGAGAGAAACCGUUCUCAUGUUCUGAAUGUGGAAAAUGUUUUAUCACUAAAUCAAAACUUGUUCAUCAUCAAAUAACUCACACAGGAGAGAAACCGUUCUCAUGUUCUGAAUGUGGAAAAUGUUUUCGACAACAUUCAAAUCUUGUCAGUCAUCAGAGAACUCACACAGGAGAGAAACCGUUCUCAUGUUCUGAAUGUGGAAAAUGUUUUCGACAACAUUCACAUCUUGUCCGUCAUCAGAGAACUCACACAGGAAAGAAACCGUUCUCAUGUUCUGAAUGGGGAAAAUGAUUUUUCGUUAAAACUAAUCUUGAUAGACAUCAGAGAUCUCACACAGGUGAUGAGUCUCUAAAAUUGUAUAAGGCAUCCACGCCUUAACAUAGAAAUAAAAUAUCUUGUAUUGUGAAUUUUGAUCAUGCUGACACUGUACGUAGUAACUGUGAUAGUAGCAGUCAACGUACGUAUGAUGAAACAAAAAAGUGGAAACCACAUCC